AUGUUUAACUACCUCGCAGGCCCACGCGUGGGCAGGCGGGCGCCAGUGACUGGUGGAGCGAAGCGCUUCUACUGCGACCUCUGCACAUACUCCACUGUGUUCCGCCGCAACCUGACUGUGCACCGGCGCACCCACACGGGCGAGAAGCCGUACUCGUGCCGAUGCUGUGCCCGCCGCUUCACUCACAAGAGUGGCCUGAACCGCCACAUGCGCACCCACGGGGACCAGCCCCGGCAUGAUUGCCCACACUGCGCCAAGACCUUUGCACAAGGCAAGCAUCUAGAGGCACACCUGCGCUGUAGCCACGGCAUCGCCGAGGCCAAUGUAGCUGAGUGGGACCAGCCCAUGAGCUGCCCGCUUUGCCAGCUCACAUGUGCGGAUAAGAAGGCACUCAUGCAGCACCUCCAGCGCCAUGUUUCCAGCGAUGGCCAGGUGCUCUACCCGUGCGCCAGCUGCGAGCAAGUGUUCACCGAGUCCUUGAGCCUUGAAGCGCACAUGAAAGAGGAGCACCCAUCGGACUCUUUGCCAGCCAGCGAGGAAGACGAAGAGGACAGUCUACUGGGACUGGCCUGA